CCAUAUUAUUGACACUCCGAAUUUGCCGGAAUAAGAAUAUUUACGGAAUAGAGGAGAAUUAGUUGGAAUAAGUGUAUUAUUGACGCAUAGAAUAAAACGGAAUAAGGUGUAAUAAGAAAGUCAGAAUUGUUAUUCCGGGGAAUAACUAAGCGGGCAGAAUCGAGCGAAUAAGGCAGUUAUUCCAUGUUAUUCGUUCAAAAUUCAUUAUUGACUUACAUCUGCUUUAGAAAUACAUACAGGUGAUAUAAUGGCGCGCCCAUCUCGAACCAAUGUGCUGAUCGGAAUUGACCGUGCUCAACGCAUUUACGACGAAGACCAUAACAAUAGACGACCAUACAUAAUGCUAGAACGAAGAAAAAUGCACUCGUGGGACGAUUUUGACUUUUUUUUCUCGAUUCCGUAUGACAAAGGCAAGAUUUGUACACGUGCUACACUUGAUUGUGCCUUACAUGCCAGAGACAACGCUAUAUCUCACACGAAGUGCAGCUACUAUGCACGUUGCGUUUCUUGGCUGCUGGUAGCAUGCAGUCUAUCGUUGGUGAUAUUAUAG